UGCCCGUAGAAAAGAGUGACGUUGAGGUGGACCCGCGCCCUGCGCAAGACAUACCCAGUGGAGGGUCUCUGGAUCUACUAAUAGGCAUUUAGCCCUCUGUUCUUCAUGGCUAUUGUCAACUUAUUUCUUCUUCAAACAGGACUCUAGAGGGCCACCAUGGACAUCUUGGCAACUCACCAUGUUCUCAUCAACAACACCCGCAUAGCCUAUGGUGUAUACGGCCAAGGCGAACCCAUAGUACUCCUUCAUGGCACCCCGUCAUCCUCUCUGAUUUGGCGAAAUAUUGUCCCAUCUCUCGUUUCCGCGGGGUACAAAGUGCACCUGUUUGACUUGCUGGGUUUUGGACUAUCCGAGCGCCCCUGGGAUCCGUCAGUCGACACGUCUAUUUCAGGCCAAGUCCCGAUCCUCGAGGGCUUGUUGCAACAUUGGGAACUCGAAACGACACACGUUGCUGCUCAUGACAUUGGCGGAGCCGUCGCCCAACGUUUCGCUGUUUUCAACCCACAGCGUGUGCGCUCACUGACACUGGUCGAUGUUGUGUCAUUUGACAGUUACCCAUCGAAGCGUACCCGAGAGAUGCAGGGCGGACUUGCCAACAUCACGAGGGCCCCUGUCGAAGAGCACGAACGUCGCUUCAGGGACUGGCUGCUCUCGGCUGUGCACAAUCAAGACCAGUUCGCUUCGUCAAGCCUCGAUACCUAUCUCGGCUACAUCUGCGGCCCUGUCGGCCAGGCGAGCAUCUUUCAGCAUCAGAUUGAGCACUACGAUCCAAAGCACACCAUGGAGAUCGCAGACAAAAUGCAGGUUCUCGGGCAAUUGCCGGUCAAGUUGAUCUGGGGCGCGGAGGAUAGCUGGCAGGUGACGGACUGGGCUCACAAGCUUCAUGCAGCCAUCCCGGGAUCUGAUCUCAGUAUCGUGGAAGACUGUGGGCAUUUCUCGCUCGAAGACCAGCCAGUGAAGAUCGCGGAGCUGUUGACCAAAUUCCUGGCACAGGCGAGACAAACAGGAGAUAGAUGAGAGCCUGCGGCAGUCAAAUUGUUCGUACUUCCUUGAGCCUCAUACAAUCCGUUGCGACAAUGAAUCCGAUUCAAGGUAUGAGCCAGCUGAAACACUUUCUGUUGCCUUCUCAUUCGACGACGCUUUAACGCAAAUUAGUUACAAUCUGCCCCAGAAACAGAAGAGCUGCCGGAGCUCACAAAACUGUAGGCCGCAGCACACUCAAGGUCCGCGGUUGAGUGGUUGAGCCUCGUCGUGUCGCCAGUCAUGUUUGCAUUCGGGACCCCAAGGUGACAUCCAUAGCGCCAUUGUGACCAAGAAGUUAUGCACAAGUACACACGCGCUGUCCACAAAGGUGACCCGGGCAGAGGCACAUGUGAGGUUGCAGGGUCUCGUUUGCUGGCCUGGUCAUAG